GUCGAGUAGGACAUCUGGCCAAGUUUGCAUCUACAAAGUUCUGGUGUGCUUUGCAGUAGCGAUGCGUGCAUGAUCAAAAUCCCUUGUGAUUCGACCUGCUGUUUGGAUGCCCGUCAUAUUUUGUCACUUGAAAACCCCUUUUCUUUAGCGCCUACAGACCCUAGGAUCUGGUACCUGACAAGCACUCUUGCGCACAAUUCAAGACCCCGGCCUCUGGCUAAUGCUAUCCGAUCAUGGCGGAGACGAUCGGCUUAGUCGCAAGUGUCCUCCAGCUCGCCAGUACGGGAUUAAAACUCUCUCAAACGCUUUACCAGUAUGCCGAUGGAGUUGCAACGGCCGAUCGCAGGAUCAAGGGCAUCGCCAAAGAGAUCCAACUCACUAGUUACGUGAUCGAAGAACUGGGAGUUGUUUUCAAGCAGGAUGGAACAGCAUCGUUGAUCUCCAAAAACGCGCUCAAGGCGGCUGAUGAGACCAUGAAGGAAUGUUCCUCGGUGUUUGCAGAAAUAGAUGCAACUCUCCAGAAGAGCAAGAAGAAAACAAUUGGUCGUCUGAUGUUACCAUUUCGAGACAAGAAGAUCGAACUAUUGCGAACCCAUAUCGACACGCUAAAGAGCACGCUGCAACUUCUGAUGCAGGUGCUUACUCAUGCACACCAGGUCGCAUCUAAAAUGCUAGACCAAGAGGCUGUAGUCAAGCAGCGUGAGCAGAUAAAAGAGAUGCUAGAGCUCAAAAAAAGGUCAGAUGAGCGGUAUGAACAAUCGCUCAGAGAUUAUAGCAUGAGCGAAGGUAGUACCGUUCUCGAUCUCGAAGAUUUAGAUAAGGAGAGCGGAGAUCCCAGUUCUGCCGAUCAUCUUACUGUGGCCACUCUGGCUUUAGGUUCAACCAUCUCGAACGAGUCUCUAGGGAUAUGUGUGCAACACAUACGUAACUUACUCGAUGAUAUUGAGGCCUUGCAGCAAGCACUCACCAUACAGGUCAACGGUGAUGAUCACUCUGGUUAUCAUCAGAGCGUAGUGGGAUCCUAUUUUCGCGCUCGCGGUUAUUUUGAUAGUAUUCUCCUUGGAAAUCCACACACCGUGCAAGGGAAUUUGCCUGAUAGCACGGCGCAGGGUCGAUUGUCUCGUAGCAAUAUCUCAGUGGACAAAAAGCUAGCCCAGCUGAAUGAGAGGGCAGAGACCAAGGUAACGGAGCUUGAAAACUCGACGAGGAAACGUGUACAGUCAGUAUUAGAGCCUGAUCGGCCAGAUGACAAACAGCACCCUCCUAUCAAACUCCAAGAUACGAUGGGUAGGAAAUAUGUUCUUCCCUUCCAUCUUCACAAAACUUGGAAAGACAUACACAACCUCAUCAUACAGAUAUAUAUCGACGUGGAUGAGUGGAGCCGACACGCUGUAGAGGGCAGCUUCGAUUUGAUCAACGCCGACGGAGAGAUUAUGAUGCCAGCGUAUUGGAACUUUGUCAUUUGUCCGGGCUCAUUUGUGAUUAUGAAAUUCUGGCCAUCGUGCAACCAACUCAGAUCGCACAAUGCGCCUCGCGUCUCAGAUAUGAAUCUGGACCAGGAUCUGGAGAAUGACUUGCAAUUGCACUUGGGACAAGAGGUGAAGCCGGAGCCAGAAGAGCAAAUAUGUCAGUUGGAAGCAGAUACCAUGCCACAAGUCCAAGACGAUAUCGACGCCAACCUCGCAACACUGAGCGAUACACGCAAAGCCGCCCGUGUGGAUAACUCGACAUACGAAAGAAGUCAAUCGAGACCAAUAGAGCAAGGGUUUCACUACUUCGCCCAGAGACAACCAUCCCCUGGUCUAUUUGCAAAUGGCCUCGACUGGUUCGGCGCGCCGUCGAACAUAGCAACAUCGGAUUUUACUAACAAUGGGGCGUCUACCUUUGGCCUUGACAGUGAGUUUGGGUCGAGGCCGGAAGCUCGGCGACUGCCACCUCCGCCACCUCGUUUUAGUCACGAUGCAUUUCCCGUACCAGUAACGUCUUCAGCGGCUUGGAUUCCAAGCGGAGAUUCAUUCGGCCUCGGCUCACCGGUACCAAAUUUGCACUAUCCGACGAAAGAGAAAAUCACGAGAUCGGACGAAGCGAAGACGAGUGCAAUUGUAGGCGCGGAUGAUGAGGUCGAUGAGCUGUUGAAGGAAUGGACCACUGUUUUUGGAUGAGUGAGAGGCCAGUAACUGCUGAGUACACGGAGACACGUAGUACGAAACAGACCAAACCAAACCAAAAUAAAACACGAUCAACAUUCAACGAGAAUCAGGAAGGCUUAUUUUUAGUCAAAUCCCAAGUGCAUAUGCAACAG